AUGGACCGCGCCAACUGCCGCGUCUGCGUCUUCGGGUCCGGGACCUUCGGCACGGCGCUGGGCACGGUGAUCGCGCGGAACGGGUACCCGGUGACGCUGCUGACGCGGCGGGAGGAGGUGGCCACUAGCAUCAACACGGAGCACAAAAACCCCCAGCACCUCAGCGAUUGCAAGCUGCCGCCGCUGCUUUCGGCCACCACCUCUGUGGAGCAGGCGCUGAAAGGAGCGCGCUUCAUCGUGCACAGCGUGCCGGUGCAGGCUACUGAGAGCUUUUUGAAGCCUUUGGCCAAGCUCAUCAAAGCGGAUGUGCCGUUCAUCUCCACUUCAAAGGGAAUUCAUUCCGAGACCCUGGAGACCAUGGCGGAGCUAGUACCCCGGGUCCUGGGUCGCAAGCAGGUCAUGGCCUACCUCAGUGGCCCCACCUUCGCCAAGGAGCUGAUGGACGGCAACCCCUCGGCCGCCGUGAUCGCGGCGGAAGAGUCGGAGAUCGCGGAGAAGUGUGGCGACUUGUUCCACUGCUCCGCCUUCAAGAUCUACAGCACCAGCGACGUGAUCGGCGUGGAGAUCGGGGGGGCCUUGAAGAACGUCUACGCGCUGGCGGCGGGCACCAUCGAAGGCAUGGGCCUAGGUGCGAAUACCGCGGCCUUCAUGGUGACGCGCUCCUGCGUGGAGAUGAACAUGCUGGCGCUGUCCAUGGGAGCGAGGCCCCACACCAUGGCGGGCCUGGCGGGGAUCGGAGACCUGAUGCUCACGUGCCUGGGGGGCGCUUCGAGGAACAAGGCCGUGGGCGCGCGCAUCGGCAAAGGCGAGUCCUUAAGCCAGAUCCUGGAGAGCCGGCAGCAGAGCUUGGCCGGCGUGGCCGAGGGCGUGGCGACCACCCCGGCAGCCCUACGCCUGGCGCAGAAGCAGAAGGUCAAGGCGCCCAUCAUCGAGGCGGUGGCCUCGGUGCUGAGCGGCGAGGCCUCAGCGCAGCAGGCGGUGCUCAGCUUGAUGCAGCGGCCCAGGGGCGAAGACUUUGCCGCCUACGUGAUGAAGGAGGCCGAGAGGCAACUGCGACUCCAUUCGGACAUGCCCUUGGGCGUGCCGGCCAAAGUUUGGGCGGCCCUGGCAAUUGGCCAGGCGGCUGCGUUGCUGGCUUUAGGUGCGGCCUGGUGGCGCUACGCAAAGCGCGGGUAG